GGACGCGCGUUCAAACAUCUCCUUGGAGUAUAUGCAACCUUUGCAUCUGAAUCCAGCAAUGGCUCACUGUUUUGCUCAACUGCACCACUGAAAAUGGCCAUUAAGAAGGUGCCGAGACUCCCUUAUCGCAGAGGCUCUCAAUCCUCCGAAGAUGACUUCUUCGAUAUCCCUGACGAACCAUGCCUCGCAAUCGCCAAACGGCAACUCCGACGCGUUCGGACAUGGGUGAUCUUCGCCUUCCUCGUCUGCUUUUUAGUGUGGCUCCGGCGGGAGCGUCCCCAACCCGCGGCCCUGUCUCAUAUAAAUUACGAUUCAGUGGAUUGGUCCCGUUAUGCCUAUAGCCAGUAUGCGACCUCUAGCGCCUAUCUGUGCAACGCUGUCAUGGUGUUCGAAGCCCUGCAACGGCUAGGAAGUCGGGCACAACGAGUAUUAUUCUUCCCUGAAGAUUGGGAUGUCAGUGUCGAAAGCGAGCGUGAUAGGGAUAGCCAAUUGUUGGCGAUGGCAAGAGAUCAGUACAAUGUGAUGCUGAUUCCCAUCACCUUGGAGACUAUCAAACCGGGGGCAGGAUCUGGAGAAUCAUGGGAUAAGAGUAUCUCUAAAUUACUAGCCUUCGGCGAGAGCGAGUACGAUCGGAUAAUCCACCUUGACUCCGACGCCAACAUUCUACAGAACAUGGAUGAGCUAUUUUUCCUUCCUCCGACCAAGGUUGCGAUGCCGCGGGCGUACUGGGGGCUUCCGGAUACCAAGCAACUGUCGUCUCUGCUAAUUGUGAUCGAACCGUCCUACAAUGAAUACAAUGCUCUGAUGGAGGCGGCGCUUCCGGCUAUGUACGGACAAAAAGCGGUCAAUACAUCAUCGACACAGAGAUACGACAUGGAGUUAUUGAACGAACGUUAUGCCGAUUCCGCCACCGUGCUUCCGCAUCGCCAGUACGGCUUAGUGAGUGGCGAAUUCCGCACAGAGGACCAUAGAAAUUUCCUGGGCAAUGACUAUGAAGUCUGGGAUCCGGAUAAAGUGCUAUCAGAAGCCAAACUUGUGCAUUUUUCAGACUGGCCUUUGCCUAAACCAUGGGUUCUGUGGCCGCAGAAUUUGCUGGCUGAGAUGUUGCCCAAGUGUAAACACAACCCUGGCACAGCACAAGAAAGUGGGUGUCGUGAUCGAGAGGUGUGGAAGAGUAUCUAUCAUGACUUCCGGCGGCGGCGAAAGGACAUCUGCAAACUUUUAAGUUAUCCGGCCCCUGAUUGGCCUCCACCGGAGCAUUCUGAGUCUUCCGGCUCAAAUGAAUCUGUAUAAUGCAUAUUUGAUAGAGCAUGAUCGGCGUUGAUGGGUUUACACACGGGCCAGCAUUAUAUGGAAUUCAGAUAGACUGUCCCAUUUUAUCAUAAUAAAUAGC